CAGGAGGCUGAGGAGGCCGCGUCCCAGGAGUGUCCCCACCAUGGCCUGGACGGUGCUUCUGAUCGGGCUCCUCGCUGUCGGCUCAGGGGUGGAUUCUCAGACUGUGAUCCAGGAGCCGGCGAUGUCAGUGUCUCUUGGAGGGACCGUCACACUCACCUGUGCCUUUAGCUCUGGGUCAGUCACUAGUAGUAACUACCCUGGCUGGUUCCAGCAGACACCAGGCCAGCCUCCUCGAACUGUUAUCUACAGCACAAACAGCCGCCCGACUGGGGUCCCCAGUCGCUUCUCUGGAGCCAUCUCUGGGAACAAAGCCACCCUCACCAUCACGGGGGCCCAGGCUGAGGACGAGGCCGACUACUUCUGUGCUAGUGGUGGUACUUUAACCCUGGGCGAUGGGCAGCCCAAGGCCGCUCCCACGGUCAACCUCUUCCCGCCCUCCUCUGAGGAGCUCGGCACCAACAAGGCCACCCUGGUGUGUCUAAUAAGUGACUUCUACCCGGGCGCCGUGACGGUGACCUGGAAGGCAGGCGGCACCACCGUCACCCAGGGCGUGGAGACCACCAAGCCCUCGAAACAGAGCAACAACAAGUACGCGGCCAGCAGCUACCUGGCCCUGUCCGCCAGUGACUGGAAAUCUUCCAGCGGCUUCACCUGCCAGGUCACCCACGAGGGGACCAUUGUGGAGAAGACAGUGACGCCCUCCGAGUGCGCCUAGGUCCCUGGGCCCCCACCCUCAGGGGCCUGGAGCCACAGGACCCCCGCGAGGGUCUCCCCCCGCGACCCUGGUCCAGCCCAGCCCUUCCUCCUGCACCUGUCAACUCCCAAUAAACCGUCCUCCUUGUCAUUCAGAAA